GGACCGUUAUCCGCCCAGCGCCGCGGGCCGCCGGCAAGAUGCCGCGCUCCUUCCUGGUCAAGAAGCAUUUCAACGCCUCCAAGAAGCCCAACUACAGCGAACUGGACACGCACACAGUGAUUAUCUCCCCCUAUCUCUAUGAGAGCUACCCCGUGCCUGUCAUACCGCAACCGGAGAUCCUCAGCUCGGGAGCCUACAGCCCCAUCACCAUGUGGACGGCGGCCGCUCCCUUCCACUCCCCGCUGCCCAGCGGCCUCUCCUCUCUUUCCGGAUACGCCUCGUCCCUGGGGCGAGUGAGUCCCCCUUCCCCGUCCGACACCUCAUCCAAGGACCACAGUGGCUCCGAAAGCCCCAUUAGUGAUGAAGAGGAGAGACUGCAGUCCAAGCUUUCAGACCCCCACGCCAUCGAGGCGGAAAAGUUUCAUUGCAAUUUAUGCAAUAAGACCUACUCGACGUUUUCUGGGCUGGCCAAGCAUAAGCAGCUGCACUGCGAUGCCCAGGCCCGGAAAUCCUUCAGCUGCAAAUACUGUGACAAGGAAUACGUGAGCCUCGGCGCCCUGAAGAUGCACAUCCGGACUCACACCUUGCCUUGUGUCUGCAAGAUCUGCGGCAAGGCGUUUUCCAGGCCCUGGUUACUGCAAGGACACAUCAGGACUCACACUGGGGAGAAGCCUUUUUCUUGCCCUCACUGCAGCCGGGCCUUUGCAGACAGAUCCAACCUGAGGGCCCACCUGCAGACCCACUCGGAUGUAAAGAAAUACCAGUGCAAAAACUGCUCCAAAACCUUCUCCAGAAUGUCCCUGCUGCACAAACACGAGGAGUCUGGCUGCUGUGUGGCGCACUGAGCGACGCAACCCGCGCUUCCUCGGAUGGGACGCAUUUCUUCACGCGGCUCCAAGGGAUAAAGGAAAGUCCAAAGGCAUUUUCUCGCGUGCAUACCGACCAAAUAAUAUGUACAGACACACACCCACCCGCACACACACACCCCCCCACGGCGCUGCAGGAGCAUGGAAUCUAUGUUUAGAGUUAAUCCUUUCCAUGUGAAGUUUAAAAUGACUGUGUAUUUACUGACAGCUCGAGAGGGAGACUAAGAGACCAGGAUCUUUCUCUUCAAAGGGGAAACAAAAAAAAAAGCACAUUGUAUCUUUCCUUACCAAGAAAGAACGCAAAGAUUUACAUUGCUGCCAAAUCAUUUCAACCGAAAAGAACAGUAUUGUUUUGUACUAGAGUUUGUAAUGGGAUUUCUCGUAGGAAGAGAACCUGCCAGACACUAUCUCAGGUGCCUUAUAAACUGUUCCAAGUUUACUUCAUUACGUGUCUAAUGUCUGGUUACCGUUGUUGAACUAGAGCUUUUUUUUUUUUUUUAUUGCUUUAAAAACUGUAUUUUUAGGAGAGAGAGGAAAAAUAGAGCAAGAACAAAACACAGGAGGCCGUAUGAAAAGUGUUUUUGUUGUUGUUUAUGUUUUGCCAAUAACCAGCAUGUGCCUUGGGGGAGGAGGGGAAGACUAGCUUUGAACAUUCCUGGUGCAUGCUCCAUGUCUUACUUUUAAAAAUAAUGUUUAAUGAUUUUUCUAAAAUUAAUUAAAGAUGGGAAUAAGUGCAAGAAAGGAAUCUCAGAAACUCAGUAAUGUGCUUAAAACUAUUUUAAGUGCAUACAACAAAUGCAAUCCACACAGCACCCUUUCCAAAGUGCCUUAAUUGUAUAGUUGCUGAGUCAAUGUAAAUUUGUGUUUAUUUUUAUAUGACCGAAUGGAUUUUGUAUGAAAAGGAGAUGUUUUCUAUAGCUAACGCGUAUAAAAAACCUGAGACUUGUGAAAUCGUGUUUCUUUUUUUAAAAACCAAUUUUCAAGGUCCUUUUUUAUAAUAAACAUUUUUGAUUUAAAA